AUGGCAGAGAAAUGCGAUGAGCCUCUUGUCUCUGGACUCCCCCACCCAGCCUUCAGCAGCUCCUCCAUCAAGGCCAGCAGCUACGCCCCGGGCUACGCCAGGAUCAACAAGCGCGGGGGUGCUGGGGGCUGGUCCCCGUCGGACAGUGACCACUACCAGUGGCUCCAGGUGGACUUUGGCAGCCGGAAGCAGAUGAGCGCCAUCGCCACGCAAGGGAGAUACAGCAGCUCCGACUGGGUGACUCAGUACCGGCUGCUCUACAGUGACACCGGCAGGAACUGGAAGCCCUACCACCAGGACGGCACUAUCUGGGCUUUCCCCGGGAACAUCAACUCGGAUGGCGUGGUCCGGCAUGACCUGCAGUACCCACUGACCGCCCGAUACGUACGUCUGGUGCCCCUGGACUGGAACGCAGAGGGUCGCAUUGGGCUGCGAGCUGAGGUCUACGGCUGCUCUUACUGGGCCGAUGUCAUCAACUUUGACGGCCACGUGGUGCUCCCCUACCGAUUCCGAAACAAGAAGAUGAAAACGCUGAAGGACGUCAUCGCGCUGAAAUUCAAGACCUCGGAGAGCGAGGGUGCCCUGCUGCACGGCGAGGGUCAGCAGGGAGACUACAUCACCCUGGAGCUGAAGAAGGCCCGGCUGGUCCUCAGCGUCAACCUCGGAAGCAACCAGCUGGGCCCCAUCUACGGCCACACGUCGGUGACAGCCGGCAGCCUGCUGGACGACCACCACUGGCACUCGGUGGUCAUCGAGCGCCAGGGCCGAGGCAUCAACCUCACGCUGGACCGCAGCACGCAGCACUUCCGCACCAACGGGGAGUUCGACUACCUGGACCUGGACUACGAGAUCACCUUUGGGGGGGUCCCCUUCUCGGGCAAGCCCAGCUCUAGCAGCAGGAAGAACUUCAGAGGCUGCAUGGAGGGUGUCACGUACAACGGCGUCAACAUCACGGACCUCGCCCGCAGGAAGAAGCUGGAGCCCUCCGACGUGGGGAAUCUGAGCUUCUCCUGCGUGGAGCCAUACACGGUGCCUGUCUUCUUCAACGCCACCAGCUACCUGGAGGUGCCCGGCCGGGCAGGCCAGGAUGUGUUCUCUGUCAGCUUCCAGUUCCGCACCUGGAACCCCAACGGCCUCCUGCUCUUCAGCCACUUCGCCGAGAACCUGGGCACCAUCGAGCUGGCCCUGACGGACAGCCGCGUCAGCGUGCACAUCAACGUCACGCAGACCAGGAUGAGCCAGAUAGACAUCGCCUCGGGUUCGGGGCUGAACAAUGGGCAGUGGCGUGAGGUGCGGUUCCUGGCCAAGGAGAACUUUGCGGUCCUCACCAUCGACGGCGACGAGGCCUCUGCCGUGCGCACCAACAGCCCCCUGCAGGUGAAGACUGGGCAGAAGUACUUCUUUGGAGGUGUCCUGAACCAAAUGGCCAGCUCGGGGCUCGUGCUGCUCCCGUUGUCCUUCCAGGGCUGCAUGCAGCAAAUCCAGGUGGACGACCAGCUGGUGGACUUGUAUGAGGUAGCCCAGAGGACGCCGGGCAGCUUCGCCAAUGUCAGCAUCGACAUGUGUGCCAUCAUAGACAGGUGUGAGCCCAAUCACUGUGAACAUGGGGGCAAGUGCUCACAGACGUGGGACAGCUUCAAGUGCACCUGUGACGACACCGGCUACAGUGGGGCCACCUGCCACAACCCGAUCUACGAGCCGUCCUGCGAGGCCUACAAGCACCUGGGCCAGAGUUCCAACUACUACUGGAUCGACCCCGACGGCAGCGGCCCCCUGCCCCCGCUGAGAGUGUACUGCAACAUGACAGAGGACAAGGUGUGGACCAUCGUGUCCCACGACCUGCAGAUGCAGACAACGGUGGUCGGCCACACGCCUGAGCGGUUCUCUGUGACCCGGCUGGUGUACAGCGCCUCGCUGGACCAGAUCAACGCCAUCACCAGCAGCGCCGAGUACUGCGAGCAGCAUGUGUCCUACGUCUGCAGGAUGUCGCGGCUGCUCAACACCCCAGGUAACUUGUAA